AUGUGUGUGCAUUUACCUAAAUCUAAACAGAGUUCCUCAAAUAAAACAUUUCUUCAGAGAAAAACUAAAAAUGAAACCAACCAAAGAAUAGUUAAAAAUGUUCAUAAGAAAAGUUCAUAUAAGAACGGCUAUAUUGAGAAUGUGAUAAAACGUAUAAAUAUUAAAAAUACCCCAAUUGGAGACAUAGAUAAACUUAUAAUAAUAAAAAAAUUAAUACGUCAAACACAUACCUUACCUUCACCAAAAAUUAUUCUAAGCCCAAAAAAAUAUGUUUAUCAUAAAUGUGAUUAUUCUUGUGUAGAAUGGACUGACUACGACCAAAAUAAAACAAAACAAAUUAAUAUGUUAGCAAUACCAGUAUAUUUUGGUUUCAAAAGGCAUACAACAAAUGGAUAUAGUGUACAAAAAUCGAUAACAUAUUAUGAGACUCCUUGUGGAGUUUCUAUUCAAAAUAUAGAAGAAAUGAUGCAUUAUCUUAAAACAACUAAAAGCAAAAUGACAAUCGAUCUAUUUAAUUUUGAUAGCUGUGUGAAUCCAUUAACCAAACAUCGAGUUUUAAGGCCCAUAAGGUUUUUGGACGAUUUAUCCGAAGGCUUGGAAUUUAGACCAAUAACUUGUGUAAAUAAUAUUAAUGAUGAAUUACCACCAAAAAUUAACUAUAUGAUUAAGAGACAAGCAACAGUUGGUGUCAAUAUAAAUGUGGAUUCUAAUUUUCUAUGUGGAUGUGAUUGCACAGAUAAUUGCCUGGACAAAUCAAAAUGUGCUUGUUGGCAGAGAACAAUAAAUGGACUAGGUAAUAUGCCAAAUCUUGAAAAAACCCAAAAUUUAGGUUAUAACUAUCGACGAUUGUAUGCAAAUGUACACACUGGUAUCUAUGAGUGCAAUAACACAUGCAAAUGUAACAAUUUGUGCUUAAAUCGUGUUGUACAACAACCGAUACUAAACAAUUUACAGCUGUUUAAGACAAAGAAAAAAGGUUGGGGGGUACGUUGUUUAAAUGAUUUACCACGAGGAACUUUUAUAUGUUGUUACAUCGGAAACAUAUUGAAUGAGAUUAAUGCCACAGAACAAGGUGAUUGUUAUGGCGAUGAAUACUUGGCAAAUUUAGACUUUAUUGAAAUAGCUGAGGAAUUCAAAGAGGGUUAUGAAGAAGAAGCUUUUACAAGUGAACCAGAUGAUACACCUCAAAAGUUGUCAAAAAAAACUAUGGAUUUAUUAAACAAGCUUACUAUGCAUGGUAAAUUUUUUUUUUCCCAAAAAAAUUUAUAAUUUAUGUUUUAUAUUCAAAUUUUUAUUUAUGUUUUAGAUAAGAACUCGGGGACAAACAAUGUAUUAAAAUUUUUUGAGUCUAGAAAUAUCAAAGUUCAAAACUUUCCUUCAAAUAGAAACUGCAAUAAGACUGUAGAAUCAGUACGAAAUUACUAUGAUACUGGUGAUAGUAUGUAUGCCAUAGAUGCAAAAUAUAGCGGCAAUAUUGGACGAUACUUCAAUCACUCGUGCACUCCCAAUUUAUUUGUACAAAAUGUAUUUGUGGACACAUAUGAUUUACGUUUUCCAUGGAUAUCGUUUUUUUCAAAAUGUUACAUACCAGCCAGGACAGAGCUUACUUGGGAUUAUGGUUACAAGAUAGGAAGCAUACCAGGAAAAAAAGUGGCUUGUUAUUGUGAUUCAGCUAAAUGUAAACGAAGACUUCUCUAAAUUAUGUGCA